UGUAAUGCCACUAUGGUCUAUACUGUAGUGUCACUACGGUCUAUACUGUAGUGUCACUAUGGUCUAUACUGUAGUGUCACUACGGUCUAUACUGUAGUGUCACUAUGGUCUAUACUGUAGUGUCACUACGGUCUAUACUGUAGUAUCACUACAGUCUAUACUGUAGUAUCACUACAGUCUAUAUUGUAGUGCUACUACAGUAUGUACUGUAGUGUCACUACGGUCUAUACUGUAGUGCCACUACAGUAUAUACUGUAGUGCCACUACGGUUUAUACUGUAGUGGCUCAAUGGUCAGAGUUUUCCAAAUAUGUAAUACAAUAAUACAUGGGCUGAACACACAAUUUUUGCAUGGUUUAUUUUGCAUUUUUGAUGCAAUUCACAUAUAUUUCUUUAUCUGAAAUAAGAGAACACUUAUUAUUAAAUAUAUAAUAAAAAACAACACAUGCAUGUAUUAAAAACACCUUUAAUGCUUUUAUUUUAAUGUAAAUACAAAGAAGUUUGUAGCAAACAGUGUUGCAUUUAUAGAGAUGUGCAGUACUUUGUCAUCUACAUUUAUUUUACUUUUUACAUAAAACAUUUAAGUCUUAGAUCCACUAGAGCCCCUGGUGGGUCCUUCCCUAGAGUCCCCGGUGGGUCCUUCCCUAGAGUCCCCGGUGGGUCCUUCCCUAGAGUCCCCGGUGGGUCCUUCCCUAGAGUCCCCGGUGGGUCCUUCCCUAGAGUCCCCGGUGGGUCCUUCCCUAGAGUCCCCGGUGGGUCCUUCCCUAGAGUCCCCGGUGGGUCCUUCCCUAGAGUCCCCGGUGGGUCCUUCCCUAGCGUCCCCGGUGGGUCCUUCCCUAGCGUCCCCGGUGGGUCCUUCCCUAGAGUCCCCGGUGGGUCCUUCCCUAGAGUCCCCGGUGGGUCCUUCCCUAGAGUCCCCGGUGGGUCCUUCCCUAGAGUCCCCGGUGGGUCCUUCCCUAGAGUCCCCGGUGGGUCCUUCCCUAGAGUCCCCGGUGGGUCCUUCCCUAGAGUCCCCGGUGGGUCCUUCCCUAGAGUCCCCGGUGGGUCCUUCCCUAGAGUCCCCGGUGGGUCCUUCCCUAGAGUCCCCGGUGGGUCCUUCCCUAGAGUCCCCGGUGGGUCCUUCCCUAGAGUCCCCGGUGGGUCCUUCCCUAGAGUCCCCGGUGGGUCCUUCCCUAGAGUCCCCGGUGGGUCCUUCCCUAGAGUCCCCGGUGGGUCCUUCCCUAGAGUCCCCGGUGGGUCCUUCCCUAGAGCCCCCGGUGGGUCCUUCCCUAGACUCCCCGGUGGGUCCUUCCCUAGAGUCCCUAGUGGGUCCUUCCCAAGUCCCUGGUGGGUCCUGCCAUGUCAAUAUCUAGUCCUUAGUAGGUCCUUCUAUGACAGAACUUAGUCCAUCCUAAGUUCUGUUAUUGAGUUCCUGCUAGGUCCCACAGUGGAGUCUGCUAAAUUCCACCAUGAAGUUCCUGUUAGGUGACAUUGUCCUUGUUAGGUGACAUUGUAAAGUCCCUGUUAGGUGACAUUGUAAAGUCCCUGCUAGGCUAUGCCAAAUAAUUUCUGUUUGAUCCUGUCCUGGUGUUAGGACAGGACAAAUAACAUUUCAUUCACUUGCACCAUAAGAGCUUCCACCUAAAACCUCUAGGUGGAAACCUCUAAAACGCUCUACCGACCUGGCUAUGAAUACCUACAUUAAGAGAGGGUUCCAGACACACACCAUUGAGACUCUGAUGGUGCAAGUGAAUGAAAUAUUUCCACAUAUGCAGUACUGUAUUGUGGUUUGCAAUUUAUAUGAAUAGCACAUGGAUCACUUAAUACCUCCAAAUUCAAGUAAUACCUCAGGAGAGGUUGAAAUUCCCAGUUGGAUACCAGUGGUGUAUCUCUGGGAGCCUUUCUUAAUGUAGAUACUGUAUUUGUAGUUAGGUCAGUAGCGCUCAUGUCUUCCACUACAGUGAUCGUAAGUUCAAGGCUCUGAUGGUGCAAGUGGAUGAAAUGUUUCCACUUUUAUUGUGAUUUGUAAAUUUAUUUUUGUAUUUUUUAUUUAGGUCUGGAGCCAGGUACUAGAAUCAGUUAAAUUCAGUUACAUGUGUGCUUUGGUUAUGUGUGUGUGUGUGUGUGAUGUUUUUGUGUGUGAGUGAUAGCUCUUGCUUUGUUUGCAUUACCUGAGAACUUCACAAGGAGGUAGUAACAGGACUUAUUUCUCAUAUAUUUUAUUGGAAAUCAAUAUACAGUGCACCAGUGUGACACAUGACAGCAGAAAGUCAAUAAAAUGUCACUUGUAAAUCAUAUCACUUUGCUGUGUGACUGUACGUCACUUUAGAAUUAUCAUCAACAAUUUAUCAGUAAUGGAAGUAUCAUGAGAUAAUUAUACACAGUUUUUAUGCUAAAUAGUGAUGUUUCUGAUAGGUUAUCAGUGCAUCUUAUCUGAUAGUGUAAGGAGGGAGAGUGGCUCUUCUGUCAGCUCAGAUGAGCACCAACCAUGUUUACGUAGUAUGUGUGCGUGUGCAUGUGUACCUACAAAUACCAUGCGAUAUGUUUCAGAAAAUAUGAACCUUGUACAUCUCGCAUACCAUUAGAGAAAAUGAAAUCGUGAUGCACAUCCAUCCAGGAGAAUCAGGGAUGCAAAUGCCCGAUGAACCGAGUCAUGCUACUCUCACCAUCCAGGCAACCGAUCCUGCAACAAACACUACCACAACUCGUCGGUUCCACUGCACGUACCAGGGCUGUGAUCGCACAUAUAGCACUCCAGGCAACCUUCGCACACACCUGAAAACACACAGAGGAGAAUACAGAUUCCGUUGCCGAGCUACAGAAUGUGGGAAGGCAUUUCUAACAUCAUAUUCGCUCAAAGUGCACCUGCGAGUACAUGCUCAGCAAAAGCCUUACACAUGUGAAAAUGAUGGAUGCCAAAAAGCUUUUACAACCCUGUACAGGUUGAGAGCCCACCAGCGUCUGCACAAUGGGGAUACUUUCAAUUGUAACCAGGAUGGCUGUGUCCGCAUCUUCACCACGCUAUCAGACCUAAGAAAGCAUGUCCGCACCCACACAGGAGAAAAACCUUUUAAGUGUGAAGAAGAUGGUUGUGGCAAGUCUUUCACUGUCAGUCAUCAUCUUCGAACUCACAAACGGAUACACACUGGUGAACGGCCUUACAUGUGUGUAGAAGAGGACUGUCAUAAGGCCUUUACAACCAACUACUCGAGAAAAAGUCACAUGCGCGUUCACAAACGCAACUUAAACAGCAAAAAGCAAGAGGAAGGAGAAGAGCAGAAGCUGCUGCAAACUCCGCUGAAAGAGGCCUCAGAGAACUCUAAACUUAAUCAAUCCUCGGACUCUAUACUCUCCCAGAAAAAAGUUGUGGAAGAGAAUGGACAAGUAACAAGUGCUCAGGAUCAUAGGCAAGAACCACCUGCUAAGAGAGGUAAAAUUGGAGUCAGUAAAAGUGGAUGCUGUGGAGGACACAACCAGCAUAACUCCACCACACCCUCAGUAAAGCAAAAAGUGUUUGCAAUCAUUCCUGUGGAGGGGGAGGCAGGAGAGAGUCCCACCAGUCUCACACUGCAAGAUUUCUUGGAGUUGGAAGCGCUCAAGUUCAACCCUAAUAUGAAGGUUCCAAUUGUUAAAGCCACAGAUGAUACUACUGUUGGACGACUCUUACGUGACUCACAGACUCUUGCCGAUUUAACCCAGAAUGAUGACAGUGAUGAACGGGGUCUUUUGGAGAAGAUAGCAGCUCAUGCUGACAUUUGCAAGUGUAACCCAUGUCGAUGUGAUCCCUCAAGAGGCAACGAAUGCUCAUGCAAUGCCAUUGCCGAUUCGGAAACACCCACUAGAAGAAGCCCAUCACCAGCUAGAGAUCCUCCUCCUUCAAACACCGUUCCAACACCCAUUAGCAGUAUGUCUCAGUCCAAAGAAAAGAAAGGUUUGCAUGCUUCUGAUGUUGAAUCCCCAAAUAAUACUAACAUAAGUGAAUUACAAAGUGUGUUUGAAGUGAAAACCGAAUCAACCCAUAAAUAUUCAGGGAAUACAAAGGAAGGAAUUGGCUCAUCAUUACUAUUAGCCAGUGAUUCAGGUUCAUCACAGACCAAUUGUUCUGCAACAGUGGUAAAUGCAUCCAGUGAUAUUAAUCAUGCAAGGUCCCUUGAAACACCAGAUCGUCAAAUUUCAGUGGAAGAGUUUUUGCGCGAAACAGUUGGUCUGAACUCUUCUACGAGUAAUAUUCAAGGAUCACGCAGAUCUGUACAGUCAACCUUAGAGUCUUUACUGCCAGGGCCUUCUGGACGGCAUAGCUCAGCUUCUUUUCCCAGCUUGGCUAACUUAGAUGAUAUGAGCACUUUGGCUUCUCCAUCAAUGGAGGACCUUAUGGUCUCCCCUUUGUCUCAUGGCAGUGUGUUUGGUUCAUCAGACAAGUGUACUGUGACUGGGAUUAAUCCCUCUGGGGGAUUGAGUAGUGACAGCACAUCAAUGGAUAACACAUUUGAUGUUGACAUGACUACAUCAGAUUUAUCAACAGAUUUUCCCUUUUCUUCUCCAAACAUGAUAGAGGCUUUGCUAACAGAUGAUAUGGGAAGCUUGUCAACUUUAUCCUCCCAUCACACAACCAAUAACAAUGACUCCUCACACACUUUUGCUACCACUGUCACACCACCAGCCGCUAGUGCCGUUAUGGCCUCGGUUGCAUCACAAGCCGCACAGCUAGUGCAACAUUCUCAGAUAUCUACAUCUCCAAGGAAUAGUACAUCCAAUAAUGGCAUAAACACUGCUAGUCUAAAACCAUCUUCUCCAUCAUGCUGUGGAUUCUUUGACCUUCAGAAGGAGAACCAGCAUCAGGGAUCAUCUCGAGACUGUUGUAGACAAUGGGCAAAGGCUAAAUCUUUCUGUGCCUCAGUCCCGGCUGCCACUUCACGUAAUUGUUGUACCUCGCCGUCCACCCCAGUGUCUUCGGGAUGCUGUCGCUCAAAUGCACCAGGAAAUACCUGGUGUGGAUCGACACAAUCUCUCAUAACCUCACUUUCGUGCUCUUCACACAUAGAAAAUAUGACAGGCCCAUGCUGUUCCAAUAAAUCCUCACAAUCUUCUCACUCUAAUACUUCUACAAAAUCAACCUUGCCUUCACUAGAAGUCAGUAGUCACCAAGUAUCUCAAUGUACUUCACUAAACCCUCAAAGCCUUCAGCGCUCACGACUUCAGGUUUCUUUAUCGUGCAGUGUGGAGCAUCAUGACAAUUUAACUGAAGAUCAUUCCUCAACUUGUGGGUCACAUAAUCACCAUGAUCACCAUCAUGCUCACCAUCACCUGCCUGAACCUGACAAUAAUCAUCAUUCAAAGCACGACCACCAACACCAUUUUCCUAAAGCAGGACACCAACAAGAACAUCGCCACCCCGAUUGCCACCACCACCAUUCUGAACCUAAACAACAGCAACACCAUUCAGAAUCAGAGCAACACCACCACCACCUGUCAGGAUCAAAACAUGAGAGCCUUCACACAAAAAGAGAUCACCAUCAGCCGGAUCACCAACAAUUUCAUGGGAACUUUGGUGGCGGCACAGAAUCACGAACAAGUGACAUUCGUCAUAAUUCUGGUUUGGAUGUAGUACUAAGGAAGGAUGAUGAUGAGUCAUGCUGUGUUGUAAUUUGCACCAAUAAGUUACAGAUGCUUAGAAAUGCAUUAGCUAAAUGUGAAUGUACAGAUCAUGAACGUUCAGCAGGACCAGUAGAUUUGCAGGCUCUGUUGAAUGAUGCCCUGAUGGAGUGGGAAACCUCUGAUCCCAGCGGUUCCUCUCAGCCAUUUAAUAAUACCCAGUCAUCCUCACCUAACUCUCAUGCUGCUGAUAAUAGCUUAAAUUGGCACUAGCAUAUUUGAUGAGUGUUGCUUAUGACAAAAUUGUACACACAAUCUUGUUCAACGUCAAGAACAAGAGGACAUGGUUUCAAGUUAAGAAAUGGAGCUUUUGCAAACAGAGCUGUUGACAGAUGGAAUAAAUUAGUGCCAAAAUCAUCGGAAGUACUGUACUGUAUUGUAUCUAAACCUUGUAUGACAAAGAUUAUAAGAAAGAUGGGACACCACAAGCACAGCUUUCAUCCUGUACAAUACUACACGUAGGUAAACACACAGGAAAGAGACGGUUGGGUUGACCGAGUCUAUCUGGACCUAAAAAAGGCUUUUGACAGAGUCCCACACAAGCAGUUGUUUUGGAAGCCAGAACAUGCUGGAGGGUUGACAGGGAUUUCUGACAUGGAUGAAAAAGUGUCCGACAAUGAUGAGGGGCGGUAAUCAGAGGUAAUGUAUCUGACUGGAGGAGUGUUACUUGCGGUGUACUACAGGCUUAACUUCUUCCAUAAGUAAUGUUUAUCAUCUACAUAAACCAUCUACCAGAAGGAAUACUGAAUUAUAUGAACAUGUUUGCUGAUGAGGCUAAGCUACUAGGGAAGAUAGGGACCUAGAUGAUUGUCAUGCUCUUCAAAUUGAUCUAGAUAAAAUAAAUGCUUGGAGUGCUGUGUGACAUGGAAUUCAGUGUGAAUAAAUGCCAUGUUAUGGAAUGUGGAAUCGAAGAAAAUAGAUCACACACAACUUAGAAAUUAUGUGGAAAGGAAUUAAAGAAUGCUUAACAAAGAAAGAGAUCUAGGGGUGGUUUUGGAAAAUAGACUCACCAGAUUAACACAAAAAACAUUGUGCAAAGAACAUAUGCAUUGCCUUCCCACUUCACAAUCAUUUUAAUUGGAUGGAUGGUGAAAUACUGUACCUUUAAAAUUUAUCAGAUUUAUAUAUACAAGAGUUCUUACAUUCUUGUACAGCCAAUUGUACUGCAAGUGGCUACAGUACUAACUUGCUAGUGGCUGUAC